UUUGUAGAAAUUUUUUAACUGACAAUGACGACUUCAAAGGUUACUCAGAAUAAUAAAGCUUCCAAGAACAUCCUAUGGUUUGACGAAAUUAGUGCUACAGAUACAGAAUAUGUUGGUGGGAAGGUUGCAUCACUGGGUGAGAUGGUUAACCAGCUUCAAAAGGUUGGCAUACGGGUUCCUUUUGGGUUUGCCGUGUCAGCCAAGGCCUACAGGCGCUUUCUAGACCACGCCAACUUGUCUCAGCAAAUAAAUGAGCUUUCAAAAUGGCUCGAGAAUAAAGAAAACCUUCAUAAACACGAAGCGCUGGCACAAAAAGCAGAGCAGUUAAGAGAAGCCAUUAGAAAGAGCACACUUCCAAGUGAAGUAGAAGCAGAAGUACUCUCAGCAUACGAGAACCUGUGCAAAAGAGAAGGUGUAGAGAACCUCCCAGUGGCAGUACGUAGCAGUGCAACGGCAGAAGACUUACCUGGCACUAGUUUUGCAGGGCAAUAUGAGACCAUUCUUAACGUGAGAGGGAAAAGCCAUCUGUUAAGUGCAUUGAAGGAAUGUUAUGCUUCUGUAUUUGUGCAUCGAGCAAUAUGCUAUAGAGCAGAGUUUGGCUUUGAACAAAAUUCAAUUGCUUUGGCUGUGGGAAUACAAAGAAUGGUCGAUGCUGGAAAUGCUUGUUCUGGUGUAAUGUUCACUUUAGAUACGGAAACUGGAUUUGAUAAGGUUGUCUUUCUGACUGCAUCUUACGGACUGGGAGAGAAUGUUGUACAAGGGCAUGUAAAUCCAGAUGAAUACUAUGUAUUUAAGGAAAGUUUGGAAACUGCGCCAUGUCCCAUCAUCCAAAAGACUAUAGGUUCGAAAGACACAAAAAUGAUUUAUGCUGCUUCAGAAAAUGGUCCCAAUGGAACUUUGAGCAAGAAUCCAACUACAAAAAUUGUUCCUGUCCCGAAGGAAUAUCGUGAGCGCUUUGCGUUAGAGAAUGAAGAAAUCUUGCAACUAGCGAAAUGGGCAGUUCGCAUUCAACGUCACUAUUCACAGAUUGUAUAUGACAAUGCCGUACAAAUGGAUAUCGAGUGGGCGAAGGAUGCAGUCACUGGUGAAUUGUUCCUUGUCCAAGCUAGACCUGAAACAGCUCAUUCAACAAAGAGAAACAAGAUUGCAAAUGUGUUUGAAAAUUAUUAUCUCAAGACUGAUGAAUCUAAGCUCGUUACACUUAUCACUGGAAGAGCGAUAGGGUCCAAAAUGGCAUCAGGAAAAGCUCAGAUUAUCCAAUCUACAAAAGACAUUCGAGUUUUUGUGCCUGGUAAUAUUUUAGUUACAGAAAUGACUGAUCCUGAUUGGGAGCCUGUUAUGAAAACUGCUGCUGCCAUCGUAACAAAUAAAGGAGGGCGCACUUGUCAUGCGGCUAUAGUUUGCAGAGAAAUUGGAAUACCUGCCAUUGUAGGCACAGAUAAAGGAACCAAAGUCAUCAAGGAUGGUGAGGAUAUUACCGUAAGCUGUGCAGGUGGAGAAGUUGGUAAGGUUUAUCAAGGCAAACUAGAAUUUGUUUGCGAGAAAAUGGAAAUUCCGAAUGAAAUACGACCAAGAACAAAGAUCAUGAUGAACCUUGCUAAUCCUUCCGAAGCCUUCAAGAUGUCUCGAAUACCGAACGAUGGUGUCGGUCUUGCAAGAGAAGAAUUCAUUAUUAAUAAUUACAUUGGCAUACAUCCCUUGGCACUUUUGUAUUAUGACCAGCAAGAUGAAGAAGUCAAACGAAUUAUUGAUAAGAAGACCGUUGGUUACAAAGACAAGGCUCAGUUUUUUGUAGAAAAGUUAGCUUUUGGGAUUGCAAUGUUGGCUACAGCCUUCUAUCCAAAUGAUAUUAUAGUUCGGUUAUCCGACUUUAAGACAAAUGAAUAUGGUAAUCUAGUUGGAGGAACUGCCUAUGAACCUGAGGAACACAACCCAAUGAUUGGUUUCCGUGGAGCUUCAAGAUACUAUGACCCUCGUUAUAAGGAAGGAUUUAUUUUGGAAUGUAAAGCACUCAAGAGAGUGAGAGACGAGAUGGGAUUGAAGAAUGUCAAGAUAAUGAUUCCGUUUUGCCGUACUGUAGAAGAAGGCAUUCGAGUGCAAGAACUGAUGGCUUCACAAGGCUUGAAACGAGGUGAGAAUGGAUUGGAGCUUUAUGUGAUGUGCGAAAUACCUUCGAAUGUAAUUAUGGCAGAUUUAUUUGCUAAAAUAUUUGAUGGAUUCAGUAUUGGCUCCAAUGACUUGACUUCUUUGGUAUUGGGUCUGGAUAGGGACAAUGAAAUCAUUGCUCAUUUGUAUGAUGAACGCAAUCCUGCCGUUUUGAAAAUGAUUCAACAAGUUAUUUCAGAAGCACAUCACGCUAAGAGGAAAGUGGGUAUUUGUGGUCAAGGUCCAAGUGACUAUCCUGACUUUGCCGAGUUCCUCGUACGACAAGGUAUCGACAGCUUGUCAUUGACUCCAGAUGUUAUACCUAAAACUACGUUACGUAUACUUGAAUUGGAGAGUAAGAUGGGCUUGGAGCCUAGAAAGUUAGAAGUAUUAGAGCCCUGAGAAGUUAUCUUUUUAGUCUUCUUGUAUUGGGACUUGUCUUCCAUGAGUAAAAAUUGUUGUGAGAUU